UAGUUUUCGUACAUUAAUGAGCCCGCGAUAUUGCACGUGUUUCGCAAGAUUGAAAAGACAACAACUUUAGUGCUCUUCAAAUCUCGUAAAAAAACGCUCCCUAAAUCGUAAUUUUCUCAAACAGACGUUAUCCUCUACUUUUUAAGGAUGGGUAGAUUACGGAAGAAGCGAAUGCACAGUAAUGAUAAGCAUUUAAAGAAGAAAUAUCGUACACGAAAGAGAACGAAAGAUUUGGAUCAAAUUCACGAGGAUUUGAAACCGGUAAAAGCUGCUAAGCUUCUUUCACAGGAAGUGGAUACGGAUCUUCCAGGGUGUGGACAGUUCUAUUGUCUUCAGUGCGCGAGAUACUUCAUAGAUGACAAAAGUUUGAAGGACCACAUCAAGUCAAGAGUUCACAAGAAAAAGCUGAGAAUGCUCAAGGAAGUUCCUUACACUAUAGAGGAGUCCGAAGCUGCUGCUGGUAUGGGAUCAUAUCCUUUUACCUCAACCAAACCUGAACUAGUGGACCAACACAAAGCUGAAAUGGAGAUCGAUAGUAAACCAGUUAACACAGAAUGAAAGGGUGUAUUGCCAGGAGGAAGAGACAUUGAAUUAAUGCCCUCUACGUCCCCUUUUCUUGUGGAUGAAGAAUGUUUAUUAGCCUCUCACUUCAAACAGCAUAAACUUUUGGACCAAUGAUGGCUGUAAGCCUAUGUACAACCUCAGAAUACAUAGCCGGUUAAUAUGGCCAAGGAAAGUUAAUUCGUUUGGCUUUUCCUUGAGGGCAAAAGUAAAGUAAUUAAAUUGGAAAGGGAACUUUUAUUCUCUUUUUACCUUUGUGCCUCCUCCAAAGUCUGGCCCUUGUGAGCUUAAAAUACUCCAUCUUCUAGUAAUAGAAAAAAAAGCUUUGAUAAUUGA